AUGGUUUAUGCCACACUUUUGAGUGAAGAAGAUUUAAGUCGUUUUCGAACGAAGCAAUGUAAGAGAUUGUUGAAUGGUGGUUGUAAUUUUGGCUUGGAUAGAUGUCAGUAUAGUCACAAUGAAUUUUGGAAUAGGAGAUGUCCAUUUUAUUUAAGUGACUCAUCUUUUAUACGUUAUAUUACUGUAAUGUGUCCUGAUGUAGAAACAAGAGCUGAUGGUUCUAUUAAUAGUUUAUGUUUAAGAGGAGGUGAAUGUCCUUUUGCUCAUUCUACUGAAGAAAUAUUAUAUCAUCCUCUUUUUUAUAAAACAAAAAGAUGUGAAGAUUAUAAAAAGGGGUCAUGUAAUACUUAUUAUUGUCCUUUUAUUCAUGGUUUAGCUGAGACGAGAGUACCUGGUACUUAUAAGUUGCCAUUUACAAAUGGAAUUGAUAUGCCCAAUAUUCCAAAUGUUAUUAUUGUUGAUAAGAUAGAUAUAUGUAGUAAAAAUAGUAAUGGUAUUAUAAAUGAUAAAUAUAUGAAAAAUAUGUCAUUUAAAAAGAGAAGUGAUAUACAAUUAGGACAUAUAAAUAAUAAUGAUAUACAUUGUAAUAAUAAAACAAAUAGUAUCAAUUACACACUUUAUGAUUCUAUGGAUACUAUAUCUAAUAAAAAUGAUAUGAAUAAAAAAGCUGUUGAUAGAUCUAAUUUAUCUUUUAAUAAUGCUGUAUUUAAUAAAGAUAGCUUUUUUGAUUUUUCUGAAGAAAAUAUUAAAAUGAAUAUGUUAAAUAAGAAAGGUCCUUUUGACCAUAUAAAUAAUAAUACAUACUCAAGAAGUAGUAUGAAAGAUUCUAUUAAUUCUAUUGGUUCAUUUGAAGCAAACAAUAUGAAGGAUAAUAACAUGUGUAAUUCUCAAGGUAAUCUAUCGAGUGUUGUUGGACAUAUAUCAAAUGAUAAUAAGAAUGGUAUUAAUGGUGUGAGUGCAAAUCAUAAUAAUCCAAACAGCAACAAUAAUAAUAAUAAUAAUAAUAAUAACAUUAAAGAUAAUGAUAACAUUAAAGAUAAUGAUAACAUUAAAGAUAAUGAUAACAUUAAAGAUAAUGAUAAUGAAAGUAAUGAUAAUAAUAAAACUAAUAGACAAUCGAAUGGUAAAAAUGUAAAUUCUUGUAAUUAUAAUGAAUUUCUAUCAAGAAAAUUAAAUGGAACUGUUACUGGAUCAUAUCAAAAUGUGUGCAGUAAAAACAUUUCACUUAGUACAAACAAUUCUACAAGUUAUAUAGACACAAUUAAUACUCCUAAUAAGAAUUAUAAUAAGAAUUUGAACAUAUUAAAACUUAAACAGAAUCAUUCAAGUUGUAGUACUGAUGCUCAUGAAAUAAAUUUUAAUGAGCAUGAAGCAACAAGUGACGAUGCUAUAGAAGAUGAAGAAGAUGAAUAUUUUAAUUCUGAGAAUAUUGAUUCAACUGUAUCAAAUAGAAAUAAUGAAUUAGAAAACAUUAGUGGUGAUAACAAGUUAUCAAAUGUAACAGCAGAAACAAAUUUAAAUAUUGAUAGAAAUAAUGAAAUAAAUUUAUUAGAAGUUAUUAAAUGUUUAAAGGGUUUAUGUGAAAAAAUAAUGAAAGGAGACUUAACAUUUACAUCUGAACAAUGGGACAAUAUUGCUCAAAUAACAUAUGAAAUAGUAGCAGUUAUAGAAUUUAAUAGAGUAAUGAAAUUAAAAAAGACAGCUAAUAAGAUAAAAAAUGAUAUAUAUAAUAAGAAUAAAGAUUUCAUUUUUAAUAUGGAAAAUAAAGACUAUAAAAAGGAAAUAAAUGAAAAUGAAAUGGAACAAGAAUUUUAUACAAAUGAAAAGGAUAAAAUUGAAAAAACACUUUGUACUAAUAUUGAUAAUUUAAUUGAAGAAAAAAAUAGUAAUAUAAAUGGAAUACCUUUAGAUGUCAAAUUAAAAAAUUAUGAUGAAAUUUUUGAAAGACCUAAAAAUGAAAAAGUAAAUGAUAUAAAUAGAUUAAAAUAUUCAUUAAAUGAAAAUAUAUAUAUGGAAAAAGACAAUAAUAAUAAUAUAAAUAAGGAAAAUUCAAUUUUAUUCUUAGAAAAUGAUGAAAAAAAUAAUAUUUUAAAUAAAUUUAACUUUGACUUCAACAAAAGAGAAGAACAUAUAUUUAACAAUUUAAAUGAACUUAUAAAUACUGAGGACAAUGAAUUAGUACAUUUUUAUCAGGAACAAUUAGCACAAAACUUUUUAGAAGAAAAAAAUGAAUUAGAUAUUAUGUCAAUGAAACAAAAAUUUAUUCCAUCACAUAUUAAUAAAAUAAAUUUAAUCAAUGAUAAUAAUGAUAACAACAAUGCUUUACAAAAUAUAAAAGAUUCUUGUUUUUUAGAAUAUUAUAAUAUAAAUAAAAGUAAUAACUUAAACUUUAAAGAUAAAAAUGAUACCAACGAAAAAUUAUCAUCACAGCAACCAUUUGUAUCUUUUUUCUCUUUCUUAUCAGAAUAA